AAUCUCAACUACUGCAUUUUAAAGCAAAAGUUUCAUUUCUUGAGAUUCGAUUUAUUUCAUCAAGCUUUACUAUUUUUCAUAUUUUCUGGCUAGUCAAAAUGGAUCAAGAAAUAGAGAUUCCUUCUUUCUUUCUAUGUCCGAUCUCUCUAGAUAUCAUGAAGGAUCCGGUGAUAGUUUCAACCGGAAUAACCUACGACAGAAAUAGCAUCGAGAAAUGGCUCUUCACUGGUAAGGAAAACUCAUGUCCGGUCACCAAACAAGUCAUAACCGAGACCGAUCUCACACCAAACCACACUCUUCGUCGUCUGAUCCAAUCUUGGUGUAGUCUCAACGCAUCCCACGGCAUCGAGACAAUCCCAACCCCAAAACCUCCAAUCUCUAAAUCCGAGAUCGAAAGACUCAUCAAAGAUUCUUCAUCUUCACAUAAAAACCAAGUUAAAUGCCUCAAAAGACUUCGUCAAAUAGCAUCGGAGAAUAAUACGAACAAGAGAUGCUUAGAAGCCGCAGAAGUUCCAGAGUUCUUGGCAAAUAUCAUCAGCAACUUAGUAGGUACUUCAUCGAGUCUCAAUGAUAUGUCAAACAUGUUGGAGAAUAGGUUUGAUUCUUCAAGAAGCUUAAUGGAUGAAGCUUUAAGUUUACUCUAUCAUCUCAACGCAUCAGAGACAGCCCGCAAGAGUCUUUUAAACAACAAGAAGGGAACAAAUCUUGUGAAAACGUUGACUAAGAUUAUGCAACGUGGGAUCUACGAGUCAAGAGCCUAUGCAACUUUGCUUCUCAAGAAGAUUCUCGAAGUUGCGGAUCCAAUGCAAAUCAUAUUGUUGGAACGUGAGCUUUUCACUGAGGUGGUUCAGAUCUUGCAUGACCAGAUCUCUCACAAGGCAACGAAGUCAGCAAUGCAGAUCUUGAUGAUUACAUGUCCAUGGGGAAGGAAUAGACAUAAAGCUGUGGAAGCUGGAGCGGCCUCCAUGAUAAUCGAGCUUCUUCUGGAUGAAAGUUUCUCAUCAGAGAGAAGGAAUGUAGAGAUGGCGAUGGUGGUUCUUGAUGUGUUAUGUCAGUGUGCAGAAGGAAGAGCUGAGUUCUUGAAUCAUGGUGCGGCUAUUGCGGUCGUGUCUAAGAAGAUAUUGAGGGUCUCUCAGAUAACUAGCGAAAGGGCGGUUAGGGUUUUGCUUUCUGUUGGGAGGUUUUGUGCGACGCCAUGUUUGUUACAAGAGAUGUUGCAACUGGGAGUUGUAGCGAAGCUGUGUCUGGUGCUUCAAGCGAGUUGCGGAAACAAGACUAAAGAAAAGGCAAAGGAGUUACUUAAGCUUCACGCUAGGGUUUGGAGGGAAUCACCUUGUGUCCCAAGAAAUUUAUAUGCUUCGUAUCCUGCUUGAACAGCAUAUUUAUUAAUUCUCAUCCGAUACAUACAAUUCUAUGACAGUUAUUCUUCGGAUAAGUUCAUUAAGAAAAGAAGAAAAUUGGAGUGGUUUUAUUUAGCUCAAAUUCAGUUUUUCUUCUGCUUUUGUUAUAUUCCCUCCGUUUCAAAUUAAAUGUCG